CGCCGCCAGCCGUAGACGUGGGCAGUACCACGAGAUAACUCGGGAUAUUGAUCAAAGUUUGUGCAGACGCGGCAAAUGGUCGCAUCCAUCGCUCGUCUCAUCGCGACCCAGAGCUGCGCCGCAUCGUGUUCGUCUAUACCACGCCGCAGAUGCGCAUUCUUCUUCGUUCACAUGACUUCCAGCUGCCUUUUGGGACGGUCAUUGGUAGCCGAGCCUCGGUAAUAGUGCAUCGGAGUGAUGUCCGUUCUGCAAUAGAUCCACCGUGCGUACCGCGAUGCUGGGUCGGCGUUGGCUCUCGCGUGUGGAUUGUGGCCUGGGCGUGGAGGCUGGUGGGAUGUUUGCAGCGCAUCUGUAGAAAUGCACUGAUAUCUAAUGCAAACAAGGUUGUCGGCAACUGUACCAUCAUGUUUACCAUGACGUCGUUCUGGAAUUACAUUAUCGACGCUAGUCUCAGCACCCGCACAUUGCGCAGCAGUGAAAAGCUGGCUGGCUGCCGGCAGCUAACGUAUCCCCGCGGUCGGGAAGUUGGUAACUUUCAUGGCCAAGCUACAGCUCCUAGCUUCCUGUGCGGGAGGUUGCUUAAUGGCCUGUUUGUGAUGGGAUUUAGACAGAAAAGGGCCGAGAUGUUUGUUAAGUACCUCCAAGUGAGCGAACUACUUUGGAGGCGUCAGAACGAUGAAACACUUGUAUGCGCCGUCUUCACGCUAUCACCGUUAACAGGAUUUCGAAAUUGUUUACACAACAAAAGCGUCUGCACUAUGGACUACUUGCGGUUGAAGAUGAGAGGCUAAUCACGUUCGUGUACUCAAUAAUGCAACUUGACUCAGGGAUGUACGGACCGACAUGAUUGGCAUCCGCUGUCAUUUGAACAUCGCACAAACUCUGACAGGGUCCGCCGCGAACGGGAGUGUCGUCAACCGAAAGACAGCGCUGCUCUGAGUGGCGUCGGUCUUGGGAUCUUGUAUCACCAA